AAAAAACCUUAGAAUCUCGGCCCGAUGGUUCCCCACAAGCUACAGAAAACAUUUUCACUAAAUAUGUUAAUUUUUAUCAGUAUAUAAACCAAAAAUCAUCAUUUGAAUACACUUUGUUUUAGUGUAUCAGGAAUCUUCUCCAAAUUCAGUAUACAUAUUGUAUAAUAUAGUAGUAGAGACUGAUACUUAUUAGUAUAAAAAAUUAAACGCAGCGUGAAUAAAAUAUCAACCACAAGCAUUUUAAAAUGAAGUCGUUAAGGCGUUUGUAUUCUAUUUUUAAUUCCUCUCGAUGUUCACUUGAAUUAUCGAACAAGUUGUCUACAAUCUCAGGAAUUACAACAAUGUUGGAUUCCUUGAGAAUCGGGUCCCGCAGAGGCAUUUUUACCUCCACAGGAAGGUUCGCUAAGGUUCAAGGGGACGUGGUUGGAAUUGACUUGGGUACCACAAACUCCUGUGUCGCAAUCAUGGAAGGCUCAACCCCGAAGGUUAUUGAGAACGCUGAAGGUGCUAGGACAACUCCAUCUAUUGUAGCAUUCACAGACGAUGGUCAGAGACUUGUAGGUGUGGUAGCGAAACGCCAAGCUGUGACUAACCCAGAAAACACGGUUUUUGCCACUAAGCGUUUCAUCGGCCGUAAGUUUGACGACCCUGAAACUAAGAAGGAACAACAGACUCUCCCCUACAAGAUAGUUAGAUCAUCCAACAACGACGCGUGGAUAGAAGCCCAAGGCAAACAAUACUCCCCCAGCCAAAUCGGAGCGUAUAUUUUAGCAAAGAUGAAGGAGACCGCGGAGUCGUACUUGGGUAGAACAGUUUCAAAAGCUGUUAUCACAGUUCCAGCGUAUUUCAACGACUCUCAGAGACAAGCUACAAAAGACGCCGGUAAGAUUGCAGGCUUGGAAGUAUUGCGUAUAAUUAACGAGCCCACAGCUGCUGCGCUGGCCUUUGGAAUGGAUAAGAAUGACGGAAAGACAAUUGCAGUGUACGACUUGGGAGGUGGUACGUUUGAUGUGAGUAUUUUGGAGAUUUUGGGCGGUGUGUUUGAAGUUAAGGCCACAAACGGUAACACUUCACUAGGUGGUGAAGACUUUGACCAGAGGAUCCUGAAUUUCUUGGUUGACGAGUUCAAGAAGACCAACGGAAUUGACCUUAAGAAGGACAAACUGGCCCUUCAGAGACUCAGGGAAUCCUCAGAAUCAGCCAAAAUUGAACUUUCAACCAAGACCCAAACUGAGAUUAACUUGCCCUUUAUCACAGCUGACCAGUCAGGCCCAAAACACCUCUUGAUAAAGUUGAGUCGCUCGAAGUUAGAGCAGUUGACAAGUGAGUUGCUCGAGGGCACUGUGGACCCAUGCAAGAAGUGCUUAAAGGACGCAGGCGUUAAUGCAAGUGAGUUGAACGACGUGAUCCUGGUGGGAGGAAUGACAAGGAUGCCGAAGGUGACUGAAGUGGUGAAGAACAUCUUCGGAAAGGAGCCGAGCAAGGCAGUUAACCCAGAUGAAGCAGUCGCCAUGGGAGCUGCGAUCCAGGCAGGAGUACUAAAAGGUGAGAUCAAAGACCUUUUACUACUGGACGUGUGUCCAUUAUCUCUCGGUAUUGAGACUUUGGGAGGUGUGUUUACGAGGCUUAUUAACAGGAACACCACCAUACCUACAAAGAAGUCACAGAUCUUCUCAACUGCAGCUGAUAACCAAACUCAAGUGGGUAUUAAGGUAUACCAAGGUGAACGUGGAAUGGCAGCUGACAACCAACUUCUGGGCCAAUUUGACCUUGUUGGUAUCCCACCAGCACCGAGGGGUGUUCCUCAAAUUGAAGUUACCUUCGACGUUGACGCCAACGGCAUUAUGAACAUCUCUGCAGUUGACAAGUCCACGGGAAAGAGGCAGGAGAUCACAAUUCAAAGCUCAGGCGGUUUAUCAGAAGAGGAAGUUGAGAAGAUGGUCAAGGAGGCCUCAAACUACAAGGAGCAGGAUGACAGGAGGAAAGAGCUUGUGGAUGUUAGAAACGAGUCAGAAUCUCUACUUUACAGCGUUGAAAAGCAACUCACUGACUUCAAGGACAAGGUAUCUCAGGCAGAACUCGACCAGCUCAAGACCCUAUCAACUUCACUUAAGGAGGUGCUCACCACUGACGAUGUUAGCGCCAUCAAGGAUAAACACAAACAACUCCAGGAACUCUCUUGGAAGGUCUCUCAGGCAGCUUAUUCGAAGUCAAACACUGGCUCCACCUCCGCCAAUGCCUCUGAAAACGCCAACACCUCUAAUGAGGAAAACGAUACACAUAACAAGUAAUCUAGUUACCAACUAAUUUUAUACGUUUAUGCUA